AUGGACCAGAGCGCGGUGAGCUCGCUGCUGGGGCAGCUUACCGGCCUCCUCGUUGACGAGGCGAAGCUACUCGGCGGCGUCCGGGGCGACGUGCAAUUCAUCAAGGACGAGAUGGAGAGCAUGCAAGGCUUCCUCCUGGAUGCCGCCGAUGCCGCCAACAACAACAGCAGCAGCCAGCAGGUCCUGGCAUGGCAGCGGCAGGUCCGGGAGGUCGCCUACGACUCCCAGAAAUGCAUCGACCACUACGUGCAGACGGUGGGCGCCAGCCGCCCGUCGGCCGGCCUCCUCGGCUCCGUCCAGUGGCUGCCGCAGCUGGUGAUGACGUUGCCAAGCCGCCAGCGCACCGCCAACAAGAUCAAGAAGCUCAAGGCCCGCGCGCGCGAGGUGGGGGAGCGGCGGCAGAGGUACGGCGUCAAAGCUCCGACUCGGAGCGGCGGCGUCAAGGUCAUCACCGCGCCGAUGCUCUCGCCGCAGCAGGAGGCGGCGGAGCACGCGCGGAGGCGCCGUGCCAUAGCUGACGCCACCGACUGGGUGAACACCGACGCGCAGCACGUGAUGGACUGGAUAGCGGCCGGCGGCAAAGGACACAACGACGAUGAUGGUGGCCGGGAGGAGUACAUACAUUGGAUCAAAGGCUUCCUGCACAUGCCCCACUUCACCACCGAGAGCUUCUUGACGGAGCUCAUGAGCAACAAGGCCGAUGCUACCGCCUUCUUGCUGGAGUACACCAAAGAGUUGUUCGGAGGGCCGCUCCACUAUUUGGAAGGGCAUUUGUUGUGGCCACAUAAAGAUGAUGGGCAUGAUAAGAAGGCCACGACGGCAGCGGCAUCAUCCCCUUCUCAAGACCACCACGAUGCUGACAAAAAGAAGCCAGUAGCAGCUGCUGAUCCGUCAGAGAGGGCCAAAGAAGCAGCUGUUGAUCCGUCUGGGAAGGCGAAGGAGCACAAGCGUUGGAUCACCCAAGGGGAGAAGAAAGCGGCGGACACGUCAACCUCUUCAGAAGUCCAUGAUUCUGCUGAGAAGAGGAUGCCUUUAGCAGAUGUUAAUCCGUCGGAGAUGGCGGAAGCAUCAUCAGCUGAUGAUGGACAUAACAAGGCAACGGAAGGCCAUACCAAAGAGUUGUUCGGAGGGCCGCUCCACUAUUUGAAAGGGCAUUUGUUGUGGCCACAUAAAGAUGAUGGGCAUGAUAAGAAGGCCACGACGGCAGCGGCAUCAUCCCCUUCUCAAGACCACCACGAUGCUGACAAAAAGAAGCCAGUAGCAGCUGCUGAUCCGUCAGAGAGGGCCAAAGAGGAGAAGAAGCACCAGAUCAUCAGUUGGGUACAUGGAGCACUUACGAGCGACGGCAUCAACAUAUUUCACACGAAAGAUACCCACGGCCCAAGGCUCCUCGCCAUUGUUACAUCACCGGUUCGUCGCGAGGCCCACGACCUCGAAGACGAAGAACCACAUGGGCUCAGGCCUGCAACAGAGAUCGCACGUAGGGUGUUCAAUAAUUAUUAUUCCCGCCAAGGCGGCCGCUUCGACUUUGCCGUGUGGGUCAACGCCGAGGAACACUCACAUAGCACCGCCAGGCUUCGGAGCAUACUCCAGCAGGUGGAGAAGCAGGCGCAGGUGCAGCCUCAGGAGCAGCGGCAGCAUCCAUCAUCUUCUUCUCGCGAUAAAAAAGACGGUGGUGACGAGACGACAAGAUUGCAACAGGAGAUCCUAAAGCACCUGACAGGGAAGAAGUUCUUGAUUUUUCUUGCUGACCACCAGGACGAAACACCAUGGACACAGAUACUACCUGCUCUGCCGACUGAUAGCACCAAUGAAAGUGCAGUCAUAUUGAGUCCUCUGGUGCAGCAAGCAUACCAGUACGUUGGGUGGUACGUGCUCAGCCUUUUCUUCUUGCUAAAGCACUCCCGCUAUAGAGUCUACUUCUACUCUCAUCUUGUUGCAACACGGAACAAGGCCAAAGAGUUGCUGCGGGUUGGCGCCGAUCAACACAAAGGAGAAGAUUUGCAUGACCUCGUCAAUCAUAUAUUGGAACGUUGUCGCUGGGAUUCAUUUUCCAGCAAGAUGUUUCUUCAUGCUCUUUAUGCUAAUCAUCAAAGGAGCAAGCCAGAGCUGGAGAACUUGUUGCUUUCUCUGAAUGAAUUCAGCACGGUGAGCAAUGCCAGAAACAUGAUCAAAUUUUGCUACGAUGACCUGCACAGUUACAAGGUUUGCUUCCAGUACCUGUCCAUUUUCCCCUUGGGAUUCAAGAUCAGGAGGACAAGCUUGGUCAGGCGAUGGGCUGCAGAAGGCCUUAUCGUGGGAAGAGACGGGCUAGCUGCAACGGAUGAAGCUGAGCGCUGCUUCGAUGCCAUGAUUGAUCGAGGCCUUCUCCUUCCUGCCGACAACACCGACAACCCUUCAGGCAAAGUGAAGAUGUGCACGGUCGAUCCACAUGUUUUCUCCUUCAUUGCCAGGUUGCACAAAGACGAUGGCCGUGCUCCAGCUGCUGAUAGCAUCGACCUGCCGCCCGCCCUGGCUCAUCGCAUCUCCAUUGCCAGAAGAAUUCAACUCUCCAACAAGACACGACAACGAGUCAGCGAGGGUUUGAAGAAGCAGAUGGACGGCGGUGGCGAGCCACAAGACUCUGUCGCACAAGGCAUGGUCUGUGGAAUUCAACUUUCCAACAAGACACGACGACGACAAGCCAGUGAGGGGUUGAAGAAGAAGAUGGACAGCAAUGGGGAGCCACUAGUCCCAGAGCCAAGAUCGCAAGACUCUGCAGUGGAAGACGUGGUAAAGCUUCUUGACUUGUUUCCUACAACUGAAUCAGGAUGGAUCAAAGUGCUAGACCUUGAAGGCUGCCGUGGACUGAAGAAGAAGCACCUCAAGAACAUCUGCAACAGGGUAUUCCAGCUCAAGUAUCUGAGCUUAAGGAACACAGACAUUGCUGAGCUGCCCAAGGAAAUUAACAAGCUCCAAGACCUGGAGACAUUUGACAUGAGGGGAACCAACAUAGAAUCCUUCCCUGCAAAAUCCAUUGUUCUCCCAAAGCUGGCGCGACUGCUUUCUGGUGUUGCUCACACCGACGCUCCAACUCCAAGUAAGGAUGAUAAUCUUACAAGUAGAGGAUCUUCUCAUGAAUCAUUUACUGCAAUCCAUAUUCCCCGUGGAAUCAAGAACAUGACAAGCAUGCAGAUACUAUCCCAUGUCCAAGUUUCUGACCAUCACGACGAGGCUGCAGCACUGGAAGAUUUAGCCCGGCUGCAGCUGCUAUGGAAGCUUGGUGUUGUUAUCCAUGCCAAGCAAGCUUACCUUGUGCUCAAAGUGGUUGGGAUGCUAAAUGAAUGCCUGAGGUCUUUGUCAAUCCGUCUCCAAGAUGGUGGAGAGGAUCCUGAUCUGAACAACACACCACCAAUAUUCUCACCUCCAAGAUCUCUUGCAAGCCUUAGCAUCAGUGGCAGGAUAGGUGGCCUGCCUACUUGGAUCCAAAAUCUGGAACAACUCUCUGACAUAACUCUGUGCGACACCUCCUUGAAAGACUCUGAUAUAAAGAUCUUGUGUGCUAGUAUCAACCUGCGCUUCAUCAGGCUCUUGCGUGAGUCGUACAACCAGAACAAGCUCAGUUUUGAAAAGGGAUUCAGAAACCUUGAGAUUCUCAUCAUUGAGGGAUCAGGCACCAUCUCUGAUGUCCAUUUUGAUCCGAGAGUGGCACCUAAGCUUGAGAAGAUUGUCUGGAGCUCCACCUGCAAGAUGGAAAAUCUUGGGAUCGACAACCUUCAAGGACUGAAAGAGAUUGUGCUCAAAGGCGACUGUGACCUGAAUCGCAUCAGGCUAUCCGUCAAAGCGAAUCCAUGCCAUCCUAACCUUACACACACUCCAACUCUCAACUCUCCAACAAUCCAACCCGGUGAAAAACUCACCUUCAAGAAGGAUGAAUUCAAAAAUCUCAAGUCUUUUCUUGUUGAGGACCCCAGCAUGAUCAGCAUCGAAUUUCAGAAGGGAGCAGCUGCAGAGCUCGAGAAGAUUGUAUUCUCCUCCACCAACAUAAAGUCUCUUCAUAGGCUUGGAGGCCUUCCAAAAUUGAAAGAGCCUGAGUUGAAGAGCAACAGGUUCCUUGUUUCAUUCUCUGAAGAGGGAGAAACUCAUAAGAAAUGUUCUCUAGCAAGCUCACCUUCAAGAAGAAUGAAUUCCAACAGCUCAAGUACCUCCUUGUUGAGGGACUGUUGA